AUGCGGAAAUUAUCUCACAGAAAAUGCGGAGUCUCAUAGUGAGCGGAGAUUUUGAGCGGAGUCUCUGCAGUCUGCUCCUCAACUUCUCGAACAAUACUAGCGUCUCCGCUUGUUUGGAGGUUUACUUACCUGAGCGAAAAAAACAAAGAAAGGCGGAAAUUAAAGGGUUGUAUUGUGGUCCGUCCACUGAGAUGACUGGAGUGUGACAGUGGGGCUCAAGAGUGUCGGUUCUGGACUGAUCUAACAUGGCAACUGCUAAGAAGAUGUGUUCAAAGGCAGGAGGUGUCCACUUCUCAGAGGAACCUCCUUCUACUGGAGUCCCAUCACAUGUUCAUUUUGAUGAGAAACUGCAUGACUCGGUGGUCAUGGUGACUCAGGAGGAUGAUGGCAACUUCAUGGUGAAGGUUGGCUUCUUGAAGACCCAGCAUCGCUAUGAGAUUGUCUUCACCCUACCAGAGGUGCCAGGUCUGGGUAAAAACGUGUGCCCAGCACCAGUGCCAAGUCCUCAUCUGCGGAUCACCAACAUCCUACCUGCUCCAGAGGGAGGCCUAAAGGUUGCAUGCGAGUACAUGGCCCUGCAGGAGGGAGUUCUGUGUGAGGAGGUGCUGCUGCUAAGCGAGACCAAUGAUGACGUCUGUGUCAGAGUCAAAGUUCAUGCCAGAGUCAUGGAUCGUCAUCAUGGCACGCCGAUGUUGCUGGAAGGAGUGCGCUGCAUUGGCGUGGAGCUGGAGUACGACUCUGAGCACAGUGACUGGCAGGGAUUUGACUAAACCUCAAGCUUCUCUCCAACAUUAUCUGUUGGAUCAAAAUACAUGUACUAGUCAUGGUUUCGUGUUGGAAAGUAAAUAAAAGCAUUGCGACUGCAGACACUCAAUAAUCAUCCGUUAUCAGUAAUGUAGGAAACACUCCUCUCCUCAGUGGGUAGUUUAGUCCUGUUCACAUUCUCCUGUUUAUCAGCAUUUCCCGUGUUCAGCCACUAGAGGACAGAAACACUUUAUAAAUCGGAACAGCCUUUAAUCUCUCAGCAGCUCCUUGUACAAAGGCUCUUUUGUGAAGGAAACUCAGAUUUUUCAGAAGGGUAAAAAACAAACUCAACUGAAUGAACUGAUCUCUAUAAUCCUGCCGUGUCAUUUCUCAACGUACACAUAAAUUUUGCUUUAUUAAUUAUUAAAAUUUUAUGUUUGAGCUGCGGGAGACAUUUCUUUUAUAGAUACUGUAACUUCAAACUGCAUUUACGGUUUCUGCAUAUGUUGUUGUUCUUACAGCAACAGUUUUGGAGAACAUGGAAAAUUACUGUGUAACUGAAAUUGAUCGGAAAGGAUGCAAUGAUCGCAUGAAUUUAUCUGUGCAGUUGCAGAAAAAUAUCUUGCAGGUUUUGUGAUUUCAAUUUUCUUUUUGAGGGUUUUGGAUUUUAAAAGGCAUCUGUUUUAAAGCUGUAUUUUUCUGCUAAGCAAACGGGGCAUUUUUGACCUUGUAAAGACUAACUUGUUCUCCCAUUUAUCAAUAUAAUGUGUUUCAUAUUUUGACAAUAAAAUAAAAUGAUGUAAUUUUCUUCCAGACAUGAUCACAUAGGUUGUUUUGUGAGGUUUUCUCCAUUUUGUUUUCAUGAAUUCAUAAAGCCUUCAGAAACAUUCAUGUUAAGCAAGUGCCUUUCACAUUAUUGUCCAUGUUCUUACCCCACUUAACCUGUUUUUACCUUCAACUGUACUACACGACAAAAAAAGUUAUUUUUCAUCAUCAAAUCAACACCGGCCUGUUUGUAGCCUUUGUAGGGUCCGAUCCUUUGACUUCCUCUGGCUUGUGUUUACCUCAUGAGCCACCUUGCAUCAUUUUUUUAGUCGUGUGUCAGCUUUAAUGGUUGGUUGUUUAAUGUUUUGUCACUGAAAAAGAUUAAACCUUAAAGGAAACAAAUCAACUUGUAUUUUUCCUUCUUGAUGUGACACCAAGAGCUGUUGGUGUAGAACAGAUGACAUUGGUUUGUAAUUUUUCUGCAAAAUAGGUCAAGAUAAUGUCUUAGUGUUGAACUGAAGAAUCUGGUAGGCUGGUCUUUCAUGAUUGAAGGAGUUUAUUGUGUGAUACCUGCUCCCUGUGUGUGAUUUUCAUUUUUAAAUGUCAACAAAAUAAACAGGAAUCUGAA